CACGCAUUCCGCAUUUUCAUUAUCAACUUCAUUGAAUGUGGUUGUGUUUGUCCGUGCAGUGAUCAAUAGUAAACAUGAUUUUGUUAUUAGUAUCUGUUAUAAUAGUGUUAUUACUAUUAGCCUCCUGGAUAAGUAUGAUCCGGGAGAACAAGAGGUUUAAUAUAAAAGGACCGACGCCGUUGCCUCUCAUUGGAAAUGCUCAUUUGUUUAUUGUUAAAUCUUCAGAGUUCCUGAAUCUAAUUCACAAAUUAUCACUCAAAUAUGGUCAAGCGUUUCGGGUACAUUUCUUCUUAAGGCCUUAUGUGGUAUUAACACAUCCGAAAUAUGUUGAGGAACUGGUAUCGACGAUGGAACACAUAACAAAGGGCAGGUCUUACAGCUUCUUGAGUGACUGGCUCGGGCAAGGUGUCCUCACUACUACAGGUCAAAAAUGGAAGUCUCAACGCAAAUUCUUGACUCCCGCUUUCCACUUCAACAUUCUGCAAAACUUCUUGCCGGUAUUCUGCAAGAACCAGCGAGUAUUAACAGAGAAACUCAAGAAAAUGGCCGACGGACGUAACGUUGAUUUGUUUCCGAUUGUCGCAUUAACGGCUCUAGACAAUGUUAAUGAAUCUAUUAUGGGAGUGUCUAUUGAUGCCCAGGAACAAAGCCACUCAGUCUACGUCCAGGCUAUUGACGUAUUGUCUAGAAUCGUGUCAAUGAGAAUACAAAUACCUUUCUUAGGUGAAGAUGCUAUUUUCAAUCUAUUGCCAAUAAAGACGAAGCAAGAUAAGGCUUUAAAAGUUGUUCACGAUCAAACAACCCGAGUAAUUAAUACAAGACGACAAGAACUCAAGAAUUUGAAUAUUACUUCUUUGAAUGCUAGUGAUGAUGUUGGUAUUAAAAACAAGCACGCCUUCUUGGACCUGUUGUUGUUGUCUGACAUCGACGGCCAUAAAAUCGAUGACGUAAGCGUUCGAGAGCAGGUCGACACAUUCAUGUUUGCAGGUCACGACACCACGACCUCAGGUAUCGCAUACACUCUCUACCUCCUGUCAAAACACAGAGAUGUCCAAGAAAAGAUUUACGAGGAACUCAAAACUAUAUUCAACGAUGACAUGCACAGAGAUCCAACAUACCAAGAACUUCAGCAGAUGAAGUACUUGGAGAUGGUAUUAAAGGAAUCGUUGAGAAUUUGCCCACCAGUGCCUCUUAUCGAAAGACGCAUCACGAAAGACUGCGAAGUCGGAGGUAUAAAAUUUGUAAAAGGAACAUCGGUGAUGAUCGACAUCUACCAGAUACAGAGGCAACCUGAUCUCUUUGACGAUCCUUUGGAGUUCCGUCCUGAAAGAUUCGAGAAACCCUUGAAGAGUGCCUUCAGUUGGCUUGCAUUUAGUGCUGGUCCUAGGAACUGUAUAGGUCAAAAGUUCGCGUGGAUGGAACUCAAGAUCACAAUUUCGGAGAUCGUCAAGAAUUUUGUUAUACUACCUUCCGAUUUAGUUCCCGAAUACAGUGCAGACCUCGUAUUACGGUCAGAGACUGGUGUCCAUGUAAAACUGAGGCCUAGGAAUUAAAGUAUUUUGGUACUUGACGACCUUGCAAUAAAAGCGACUUAAUGGAUUUUUUGAUAAAAAAUGUUGUGUUAAAUAAAUGUUUUUUUUAUUUUA